CCCUCCCACCCCAACAAAAACAAUUAUACGAUCAAAUUAAAAUAAAAUAAAAUAAAAUCAAAUCAAAAAGGUUUGUUCUGGCUGCUCUCGAUCGUCCAGAAUUCCCUUUUUCGUCUUCGAUCUUCCGAAGAUUAGGGUUUUUGCCCUCAUCUCCACCAAUUCCAAUUUCUCCUUUGAAAGGAUAUAUCAGCUAAUAUACCCACUCGCUCUGUCGGUUCAUUUUCAGAGCUCACAGAUCUGUCAGGUCCACCUGUGUUGUCCGGUUUGCUAGCUCGUCUCCCUCCACCAUAGAUUCGUUUGCUCACAGAAGAUAUGUUCUGGAAGCUCACGGCCCUGUCUGCAUCGUCUCCUCGUAGACAACUGAUACAUGUUGCUGUUCAGUACCUAUUGGAGCUGGGAUGCCAAUUUUUGGUAAAUUGUAACCCUUACUCUGGUCUUCAGUUGAAAAGCAUUCAAUUCUCUGUUUUACCAGUUAAAGUCUGGUCCUUCUCCUCCUUAGUUAUUUCCUCCGAUAACUUUGUCGAAGUUGAGGCUGUGCUGGACAAAGAAAAUUUUACACUGGAAGAGCUUUUGGAUGAGGAAGAAAUCAUUCAAGAAUGCAAAGCAUUAAACAGUCGCCUUAUAAACUUGUACUCCUUGCUUAAACGCUUUUUGAGAGAUAGAUCUCAGGUUGAACAACUUCUGCAUUAUAUCGUUGAGGACCCUCCAGAGGAUGCCGAUAGCAAAAGAACUUUCAAGUUUCCUUUUAUUGCCUGCGAAAUAUUUACUUGUGAAAUUGAUGUAAUCUUGAAGACUUUGGUGGAGGAGGAGGAGCUUAUGGACUUGCUCUUCUCUUUUCUGGAACCAAACCGUAGUCAUAGUGCAUUACUGGCUGGGUAUUUUAGCAAGGUUGUCGUGUGCUUAAUGUUGCGGAAGACUAUUUCACUCAUGAAUUAUGUCAAGGUCCACCAAGAUGUUUUUAAGCAGCUGGUUGAUUUGAUUGGUAUCACAUCCAUCAUGGAGAGCUGGCUAAGCUUGCAGUUGCUUUUUCUGACCUCUCUCCGCUCAUUCAGCUCUUCAUUUUAUCAGGUCUUGGUGCGACUUCUUGGUGCAGAUGAGCAUCUCUACCCCAAUUCAUUCGAUGUAAUGCAGUGGUUGGCUGAUAGCAAUCUCUUAGAAAUGAUUGUUGAUAAACUUAAUACUUCAAAUCCUCCUGAGGUACAUGCUAAUGCUGCGGAAACACUAUGUUCUAUAACCAGGAAUGCGCCAUCACCUGUGGCCAUGAAACUAUCUAGUCCAAGCUUUGUGGAACGAGUAUUUAGUCAUGCGCUUGAAGACUCGCCUUCAAAAUCUGCUCUUGUUCACUCGCUCUCUGUUUGUAUUUCUUUAUUGGAUCCAAAACGAUCAAUAUCUUCAUCAGUCAUGUACUCUUUCAGAAGUCAACACGUGUAUGAACCACCAGCUCAUGUAAAUCCAGAUACUAUAGGUGCUAUGCUUCCGAAACUAGGGGAGCUGCUGAUGCUUUUGAAUGUUACAUCUGAUGAGAAGGUUUUACCCACAACUUAUGGUGAAUUGAGGCCCCCUCUAGGACAGUUUCGUUUGAAGAUUGUGGAGUUCCUUGCCGUGCUGCUAAAAACUGGCAAUGAAGUGGCAGGGAUGGAAUUGGUUGGCUCUGGAACAAUUCAGAGAGUCCUUGACCUCUUUUUUGAGUACCCGUACAAUAAUGCUUUGCAUCAUCAUGUGGAGAGCAUUAUAUAUUCUUGCUUGGAAAGCAAAAAUAGUGCUAUUGUUGAUCAUCUUCUCCUAGAAUGCAAUUUGGUUGGCCGAAUUCUUCAAAGUGAUAGAAGUCCUGAUCUUUCUGAUGAAAUCAACCUGCCAACUAAGCCAGCUUCUGGAAAGCAUGCUCCUCGUGGGGGGUAUUUUGGACACUUGACUCGGAUAGCAAAUAAAUUAGUUCAGUUGGGAAACAGUGUCGUUCAAACACAUCUUCAGGAGAAUAGUGAGUGGAACGAGUGGCGGACCACUGUCUUACAGGAGCGCAGUACAAUUGAGAAUGUCUACCGAUGGGCUUGUGGCCGUCCAACUGCACUCCAAGACAGGACCAGAGACAGUGAUGAGGAGGAUGCUCAUGAUCGGGAUUAUGAUGUUGCAGCCUUGGCCAAUAAUUUAAGCCAAGCAUUUAGAUACAACAUAUAUGAUAACGAUGACAAUGAGGGCCAUGGAUCUCUUGAUCGUGAUGAUGAGGAUGUAUACUUCGACGACGAAUCAGCCGAAGUCGUAAUUUCAUCCUUAAGGUUGGGUGGUGACCAAGGGAGCUUGUUCACAAACUCUAACUGGUUCGCAUUCCAAGACGACAGAAUCAGCGGCAAUCCCCCAAUCGCCACCUCAUCAUCUGAGAUGCUCGACGGACUCAAACCCAGCGUGACCAAAAACCCCUUUGACGAUCUCGACUCGGCCGAUCUGAGCUUAGAGUCCCAAGACAACGGCCCAUUUGGGGCCCGGCCCGCGCCCACAUGGGUGGCAUGGGGCAAUGAGCCCAAUGUUAACCCGUUUGAUGACCCGAACAUAAAAAUCGAGAGUGAUGAUGUUCAAUUAGGUUUGUCAAACGGAAUGUCGAGUUCUGAAUCGAGCUCUAGUGAUGGGUCGGUUAAAUCCAACUCGAGUCACCACAAAAAUGUAGCUGUCCCGUCUUUGUUCGAGGAGGAUGUCGAGUUUGUGGGCGUGGAGUUAGAGGGCACCGAGAAAGCCAUGGAGCAAGCGCUGAAGGAAGGGAUCGUUGGUGAGGCCGGGCCUUUGAAGAGGAACCUCUCGCCGAAAAAGCCCGAAAGCGAGACCCCUCCUGAAACCGGUGCUGGCAUGGAGGAAUUUAACGACGCCAAUUAUUGGAGGGUCGAUCAGGAGUUGACAGUGUUGGAGUGAGUAAAUUUCAAGGAAAGAAUUCGUUUUUCGAAUGUCUGAUCCAAGAUCGCGGGUUUAGAUUAAUGAUAGUGGUCGGUUGUCACCAGUUAAUUAUUAUUGAUUUUUUUUUUUUUCACGCCUGUUUUGCCAGGCUGCGGUCAGUUUUGCUAUAAAGAUAGAUAUUUGUUGUCUCUUCUCUUACCCUGCAUUCAUGUUUUUUACUUGAUCGGUUGCCAGUAAAGAGAAAUGAUUCGGCAAUGUGUAGAAUGAAAAAUUGGGAUGAACCUAUAGAUUGUUUACGAUCUGUGUAUGGAUUCGUGGUUAAUGCUCGGCUCUUCAUCAAGGCUCUGUUUCUGUUUACCAGGAUGUCUCGUUUUCUGAAUGAUUGAUUAAACUCUCGUUCCGUCACGGGUGGUUAUCAAUUGCAUUUUCAAAUGUGCAGUGUGUUGACAGUGUCAGGUAAACAUAAUUUUGGAGAUAGCAGUACGUUGCACUGGAGAUAAAGGAGCCUCUUGUCUUUUGUAUAUUCAGGUAAGAAGUAUUUGGGUUGGCGGGAGGUUUAAGAUGGCAAAGUUUCAAAUUUUCUGUAUAUUCAGGGGAACCAAAGACGAGUUUGGUUGGUAGGGAAUUGCAGGUAUGUGUCGAUAAUACAGCUAUUAGCAAAUGCGAAGUACUAUGCAAAAUAAAGGACCCGUUGGCCGUUGGCUUGUAUUUUGGGUGAAGUUAGGUGUUGUGUGCAUUUCCCUUUUACAAGGUUAAUUUAGUCAUUAGUAUGACUUUUAAAUUGUAAAUUUUGUCAAUGUACUGGUAAGUUGUGUUUGCUAUAUUAAAAGUGAAGGUAACGAUAUUUCAUAGAAACAAGUGUGAGCCGGUGUCGCCGUAGACUUACCAUACUUCAUAUUUUUUUUUCUUGAUCGGUACUUAAUUUUGUAUUUUGAUGUCAUUCUGUAAUGGGUUGUUGAGAAGGAAGAAACAGAAUAAAAAAAAUGACUGGAACGGGUUAAGUUAUUUUGAGAUGUGUAACAUUUG